AUGGGCAGUGGAUCAACGAAAAUCUUAUCAUUUGAUGAUGCUGCAAAACGAUGUAGAAAAUUUGAAAGACUUCGAAAUAUGAUUGUAAUCUUCUGUUAUAUUAUUUUAUUUUCAGUUCUACAAGCUGAUCUAGAACGGAUAGAGACAACAUUCCGAGAUUUAACCAAUGGAACGGGUGAACUGAGUUUUACAAAUUUUAAACGUGAUGUUUUUGCAUAUUUUCUGCCGGAAAAAUUAGCUAAUCGAUUGUAUCAAGUAUGUACGAAUUCAUCGAGAGCUUGCAUGUCAUAUAAAGAUCUUAUUUGUUGCUUGGCAUUAAUUUACUAUGGUACAUCCAAAGAACGAAUGCAACUUCUUUAUUCAUUGUUUGCCAAUAAUAUAUCAAAUAGUAAUGGUAUAUUACGUUGGCAAGACGUUGAAGAUUUCCUUUCACAAUGUGGUGAUCAUCCACCUGAAGAACUCGAUAAAAUAUUUCAAAAUCAUGAUGAAAUUGUAACGCAGGAAAAAUUUCUCGAAUGGUUAAAACUUCAUCAUGGACAUACAACAACCAUCACCGAUUGGUUGAUGGAUGAACAACGUUUACAUGAGUUAAUAUCAUCACCAAUCGAUAGAUCAUCAGAUCAAUAUUCAAUUUUAGCUGGUGUAACACAUUUAUCAGAUAUAGAGGUAAAAGAAUUAGAGAAAAGCUAUUAUUCAUGCACAUAUUCAACGACGAAUCGGCAACAACAAAUUACACUAGAAACGUUCUCAAAUUUAUUAUCACCCGUUCUUCCGCCAAUACUUAUUCCAGGCUUUUUUGAUGCUUUCGAUGAAAAUCGUGAUGGAUGUAUUGAUUUUAAAGAAUUUGUUUGUGGAAUCAGCGCAGCUUGUCGUGGGCCAUACUUUGAAAGAUAUAAAUUUCUAUUCCGUGUAUUUGAUCGUGAUCAUCAUGGUCGUUUGGAUCGCUCUGAUAUUGUCCAUAUGUCCUCAUGUCUUAUUGAUGUCGCUCAAUUUGUUUAUGUCCUUACAAUUCAUAUGAAUGAUUCACCAGAUGUAUAUGCUGACGAUAUUUUACAAAAUAAUGGGAAUAACAAAACAAAUCAAAUAAAAUAUUUUCAACAAGAAGAUUUUUUAAAUUGGUGUGCAACAGAUGCAUUAAUACAACAAUUGAUUGAACUUAUAUUUCAAAUUUGCCAUGUUGUACUUGGUUUAAGACCAUCGACAAAACAAGAAGAAAUAACCAUUGUGAAACAAUUUCUUCGACGUGAACAGUAUCCAUUUGUUGAAGCACAAUCAGGUGUUUCAUCAAAAGCUUAUCACUGGAUUAAUUCUAAUCGUUCAACAUCGAAACCGGGCUCGUCGUGGUAUCUGAUUUCAAGGGAUUGGUGGCUUCGUUGGGAAUCACCAGCAAGCAUUAGCUCAACUGAACCAAUAGUCACAACAAUACAAAAGAAAAAUUCUCUCACUAAACUAAACAAAUUAACAAGUGGACCUGAUAAUAAACGAGAACCUGGUGAUAUAGAUAAUUCUCUACUGAUAGAUAAAAAUUCUCCCAAUACUAUUCGUGUAGUAAAUGAUGAUUGUGUACAACUUAAAUUUGGUCUUCGACGUCAUAUGCAUUUUGAAAUGGUACCUGAUUUAUUAUGGCUAUUUUUACGUAAAUAUUAUCGUUGUAAUGGACCAGGUAUAUGCAGAAAAGUAACAUACAGAAAGAAAAUUAAUAAACCUGAAUUAGAUCUUUAUCCACUAUUAAUUAAAAUCUAUCGUAAUCAAAAUCUUUCAUCACAACAAAUGCAAGCUAUAGCAACAAAUAAUACAACACCGAACAAUAAUAAUAAUUCACAUUCAAUGGACUUUGUUUAUCCAUUAUUAAAUUAUGUUUCAGCAAGUUUAUUUAGUUCAAGCGGAACAUCGAAUUCCAUACCAGCGAAUACACAACGACAUUAUUUAACAUGUUCAUAUUUUGUUAGCCCCUAUCAAACAGUUCGAUCGCUUGCUGAAGAACUUUCAAAAAAAUUUGGAAAACCUCUUGAUGAAUUAAGAAUAUGGAUUAGAUAUAGUGAAAAUGACCUGCGUCAAAUUGAUUUUGAAUCAUCCGAUGACCUCGAAUGUCAAAGUGCUGGUUUAGAACAAAAUAUUGAUAUCUUAUUCGAAACACGUAAUACUGAUUUAACAUGGCCUGAGGAAUUAUACACAUUAGCAACGCGUUCAAAAAAUGUUGCAGUACAAUCAUUAGCCUCGAAUAAUAAUAAUAACAACAACUCAACUAGCAAUGCCGAAGAAGAAGGACGUGGUUUAAUUGGUCUAUCCAAUUUGGGAAAUACAUGUUUUCUUAAUGCAGCUGUACAAUGUCUAAGCCAUUCAUUUCCGUUGACAUUUUAUUUCCUGCAUAAAUAUCAUCUAUUUGAAAUAAAUAAAGAUAAUCCAAUUGGAAUGCAAGGUAAUAUAGCACUUCGUUACGGGCAACUUAUUACAAAACUUUGGAGUACUGUUCGAGGACCAUUAGCACCGUUUGAAUUAAGAGAUUCCGUUGCAAAAUUCGGUUCAUCACGUUUUACAGAUUUUCAACAACAUGAUUCACAAGAAUUUCUUUCGUUUUUACUUGAUGGUCUACAUGAAGAUCUUAAUCGUGUUCAUAACAAGCCGUAUGUGGAACUAAAAGAUAGUGAUAAUAGACCCGAUGAAACUGUUGCUUAUGAACAUUGGGCUAAUCAUUUAGCAAGAAAUACAUCGAUUAUUGUUGAUUUAUUUCAUGGUUUACUUCGUUCACAAGUGAAAUGCAGUGUAUGUGAAUUAAAAAGUGUUAGAUUUGAUCCGUUCAAUAUUUUAUCAUUGCCAUUACCAAUGGAUACAUCGAUUUAUAUUGAAAUAAAACUUAUUCGUCUGGAUGGCUCACGACCUACUCGUUACGGUAUUAGACUGGACGGUGAUUUAGCAGUUAGUCAACUAAAAAGUCAACUAUCAACAUUAUCAUCGCUUUCAAUCGAACAAAUCGGUUUUUUUGAAGUAACAACAUCAUCUUGUCUUCGACGUUAUCCAUUAAUGGAUAAUGAUCAAACAAAAAUCAAACAAUUAAAUCUUCGUGAAUUAUUAGCCUAUGAAUUACCAAUAGUUAUUAAACCCCCUGAACCAUCCGAUGAUGAAACACCUUCCACAACUCGUUCAUUAUCAUACAUUAAAGCAAUGCAUCGUCGACUGGAACGUCAAGAACGUUAUGUAUCACCUAUGACACGUCAUAAAAUAAUGUUUUUCGGUCAACCAAUACUUAUUCCUUGUGGUUCCGAAAAUAAAUUAACCAAUGAAGAUAUUUAUAAGAUUGUUUUUAAGCAAUUGGAACGUUUAUUAAGAAAAAAUAGUGAUUCCGUUUAUCUAUCUAAUCACGCUUUUGAUUGUGAUGAUUCACUUAAAGAACGUUAUCCAUUUACAUUGAAACAUGUUAAUGAAGAUGGAAAAAAAUGUUCGAUCUGUUCAUGGAAUCGUUUUUGUCUUGGUUGUUCGUUUGAAUCAAAUAAUCAAGAAUUUAAUUGUAAAAGUGAAAAUAUUGCCAUUGAAUGGGAAUCAUCAGCGUAUUAUCUUUGUUAUUUAUCGAAUCGUGAACAAGAUGUUGAAAUUCAUCCGAGUGUAAAAUCAUCUCGUUCACCAAAUAAUGAUUCGAUGAAUCUCGAUGACCUGUCAUCGAUUGUUCGUUUAGAAGAUUGUCUUGAAUCAUUUAUUAAAUGGGAAAAUCUUGAUCAUAAAGAAAUGUUCAAUUGUAAAACAUGUCAAAAAUUACAACCAGCAGAUAAAAAACUGGAUAUUUGGAAAUUACCACCAUGUCUAAUAUUUCAUAUAAAACGUUUUCAACUAUCAAAUACUCGUUGGAUAAAAUCCUCUCGACCUGUUCGUUUUCCGAUUAAAUCAUUUCAUCCAUCGAAAUAUCUUGCCCAACGGUCUCCCGCAAAUACAUCAAUACAAUUUCUUCCUACUGAAGGUGAUAUAAGCACAUCGUCAUCGUCAUCAUUAUCAUCAAUAACAACAACAACUACAACAACACCUGAAGCUGUGUCUUCGUCUUCAAUUGAUAAUAUGCUUAUUCUAUCUCCAUCUCGUUUAGUUAAUGGUAAUCAUAAUUAUAUCAAACGGGAUAAUGAACCCCAUAAAGGCUUACCACCACCUGAAAAAAUCCAUGAAACAAUCAAAAAGAAGAAAAAGAAACGUUUUGGACAACGACGUAAAAGAAUUGAUAUUGAAACUUCCGACUCCACUUUACAACCACCAAAAUUCAGUCAAAUGGCAGAUCGUACACUUAGUUUUGGUGACAAUAGUUUCGAUGCAGACAAUGCUGCCUAUAAUUUAUAUGCGCUUGUUUGCCAUUAUGGAGUUAUUGGUGGUGGUCACUAUGUAGCGUAUGUUAAAAAUCAUACUAAUCAACAAUGGUAUUGCUUUAAUGAUAGUUCAUGCAAACCUGUUUCCGAAAGUGUACUCGAACAAUGUUCAUCAUCGGCUUAUUUAUUAUUUUAUGAACGUGAGUCCCUCGAUCAUCGUUGUUAUAUGCCAAAUGUGGAAGGAAAAAAACAAGUAGCUAGUGAAUUUCAAUUGCCAGGCGAUGAUCGUUGGUGUUCGAUAAUGUGA